UUCAUCGUCAAACCUAAGUAUAAAUAUAUCAAAAUUCAAUCAAACAACCAAAAUUUUAAUUUAAAAAAAUACAUCUUGAGAUGAUAAUCUAACUUUCCUCCUUUCCAUUUUUUGUUGCUGUCCCCAAACCCAUUUACUUGGCAAUCAAGCCAGCUAUAUAUCGACAAUCUACUAUAUGAGGAGGAGGUCAACAUAUGAGUUAAUUCAAGUGCAAAUGGAUAGGGGAAAAGGGUUUAGUCAGGAUCAACCUCCAGCUCGAACAGUAACAAUGAUGUUGCGCCCAAAAGAAAAUGAUAUUCCAAAGCUACAGCGAAAGAUAACUGAGGAAGAAGAGAUGAAAAGGAAUAAAGAAAGAGAUAGCGACGGCAGCAGCAGCAGUAGGAACAAUAUUUGUCAGAAUGAAAUUACGGCAACCAAUGGCGCCACAGAUGUUGGGGUCUCCAACUUUGACAACUACGCCGUCGAAGGUCAAGGGGGCAGCGAAGGAACGAAGGGCUUCCCUGAACGCGGCGGUGGUUACAACAUUUUUUGUAAUAAAAUUAGUGCAGAUGGAGCCAGGGAUGUUGGGAUUCGCAACUUCGGCAACACCACACACGGCAUGCCUUUUACUACUGAGGAGGAUCAUGGAGAAGAAGCAGAAGGCCGCUCCAGUUCACCAAAGCCACAAGAGGGGCCCACCAGCUAACUCAUCAUCGAUCACAUGGUUUGGUAAAAUUAAAUAUGAAUAAAUAUAUGAAUAAAAGAAUACAUAAUCUCUUUUACCAUGGUUAAUUAUAGGUGUAGAAACUGAUUUUCCCUUAUAUUAUUCAUAUGAUCAUUACACAAUAUAUAUAAAGUCUGUAAAGAAUAAUCUAUAGUUAUAAUAAGUCAUUAUCACAAACAUAAAUAUGAAGUAAUGGCCUAGUAACAAUGUAACUGACAACUGACCAUUUCCUAUCAUUAGUAGGAUUAACUAUUGUAACUGAAAUACUAUUGUAACUCCAUAACACUCCCCAGCAAAUCGAGCGCGCACAGCAUAGCAAGAUUUUGAAUGAAGAAACUGUAUGGUGAUGGAGAUGGCAGUAGCAGUCGUCUGUAGUAGUCUAGUAAGGGAAACAAAAAGAAGAACUCCAAUUUCCAGAGUUGCAACAGCGGCAAGUAAACAUAACGCCCAUUGAAAGGCAGUAAGUGAAGGAGAGCAUGGGCUCAUGGAAGGAAGGAAUAAAAUGACGGGCUGACAUACAAAUCAAAUGUACCUAGGAAACAACUCUAGGCACCUGAGAAACAUAAUGCUACCUAGGAAUCAUCCUCUAUGUAGGAUAAAGAGAAAUAGACAAUGUUGUAAAGAGGAAUGAGAAAGAAAAAUAAUUCAGACAA